GGCGGCGGCAUGGCAGGUCGGCGGGUGAACGUGAACGUGGGCGUGCUGGGCCACAUCGAUAGCGGCAAGACGGCGCUGGCGCGGGCGCUGAGCACCACGGCCUCCACCGCAGCCUUCGACAAACAGCCGCAGAGCCGCGAGCGCGGCAUCACGCUUGACCUGGGCUUCUCGUGCUUCUCGGUGCCGCUGCCCGCGCGCCUGCGGGCGGCGCUGCCCGCGUCCCCGGCGGCGUCCGGAGCCGAGCCCGAGCCCGGCGAGCCGCAGCUUCAGGUCACGCUGGUCGAUUGCCCCGGGCACGCCUCCCUCAUCCGGACCAUCAUUGGCGGGGCCCAGAUCAUUGAUCUGAUGAUGCUGGUCAUCGAUGUGACCAAAGGGAUGCAGACCCAGUCAGCAGAGUGCCUUGUGAUUGGGCAGAUUGCCUGCCAGAAGCUGAUCGUGGUGCUGAACAAAACAGACCUCUUAGCUGAUGGGAAGAGACAGGCAGUGAUUGAUAAAAUGACCAAGAAAAUGCAGAAGACCCUGGAGAACACCAAGUUCCGAGGUGCACCGAUUAUACCCGUGGCGGCCAAGCCUGGGGGGCCAGAGGCCCCUGAAACGGAAGCUCCACAGGGCAUCUCAGAGCUCAUUGAGCUCCUGACGUCGCAGAUUUCCAUCCCGAGAAGAGACCCCUCAGGGCCGCUGCUCAUGUCUGUGGACCACUGUUUCUCCAUCAAAGGCCAAGGCACUGUGAUGACAGGGACCAUCCUCUCAGGCUCCAUCAGCCUUGGUGACAGUGUGGAGAUUCCUGCCCUCAAGGUGGUGAAGAAGGUGAAGUCCAUGCAGAUGUUUCACAUGCCUGUCACCUCAGCCAUGCAGGGAGACCGCCUGGGCAUUUGCGUCACCCAGUUUGACCCCAAGCUGCUGGAGCGCGGCCUGGUGUGUGCCCCCGAGUCCCUGCACACUGUCCACGCAGCCAUCAUCUCUGUGGAGAAGAUCCCAUAUUUCCGGGCGCCCCUGCAGACCAAAGCCAAGUUCCACAUCACGGUAGGCCAUGAGACAGUCAUGGGCCGGUUGAUGUUCUUCAGCCCUGCCCCCGACAGCUUUGACCACGAGCCUGUGCUGGACUCCUUCGACUUCUCUCGAGAAUACCUCUUCCAGGAGCAGUACCUAGAGAAGGAUUUGGCAUCAGUGGGGACGGACAGUGAUGAGACUGACAAGAAGACGGGCCAGGCCGCCGAAGGCCGCUGCCCACGGCAGCAGUGGGCCCUUGUGGAAUUUGAGAAGCCUGUCACCUGCCCUCGGCUGUGCCUGGUGAUUGGCUCCAGGCUAGAUGCGGACAUUCAUGCCAAUAUGUGCCGGCUGGCCUUCCACGGCGUCCUGCUGCACGGCCUGGAGGACAAGGACUAUGCUGAGAGCUUCUUGCCCAGGCUGAAAGUGUAUAAGCUGAAGCACAAACAUGGCCUUGUAGAACGGGUGAUGGAUGACCACAGCGUGAUCGGCCGCUCCCUGUUCAAAAAGGAGACCAACAUCCAGCUCUUCGUGGGCCUCAAGGUGAACCUGUCCACUGGGGAGCUGGGAGUCAUUGACAGCGCCUUCGGCCAGAGUGGCAAGUUCAAGAUCCACAUCCCUGGUGGCCUCAGCCCGGAGUCCAAGAAGAUGCUGACGCCCACCCUCAAGAAGCGGGGCCGAGCUGGCCGAGGAGAAGCAGCCAAGCCGGAGGAGGGGGCCGAGCGGCCCGAGCCUGCACAGCACGUGGCUGUCAGCCUGUCUUUCAAGCGCUAUGUCUUCGACACUCACAAGCGCAUGGUCCAGUCUCCCUGAAUGUUCCUGUGACCUUGCCCAGGCCCCCAGGCUGGGCUGCAGUGCCAAGCAUCAGACCAGAUGUGCCUUGCCCUCCUUUCGUGUAUCCCUCCCCAUGACACUGCAGAUGCGGGCCCUGGGCCUGCACUAUGCCCCAGUGAGAAGCCUGGGGAGUGAGGCAGCAGCGGCUUCAGGGCCGAGGCUCAGAGGGUCUGUCCUGGUGCCCUCCGAGCUGCUGGGGGCCAGCGUUUCCCAGGUCGCCCCGCAGGCAGCCGUGGGAGGGCUAAUCCACACCCUGCCGUAGAUGGCCUGGCACUUGCCGGCUACAAAUAAAUGCCCCAGGGCGUCUGCCCGC